GAAACAGUGAUGUAGGUAGACGAGCAGCAAUCUAGUCGGAAAUGCUGAAGAAAAUUGGCAAGUAUGUUCUAAUCCUAGAUGAUGUAUGGGACAAAUUCUCUUUAGAGGAAGUUGGGAUCCCUGAGUCGAAUAGCAGCAGCGGAUGCAAGUUGGUGUUGACAUCUCGUUCAAAGCAAGUAUAUAACUGUAUGGGUUGUAGGGAUAUACCAGUGGUACCCCUGUCAGAAGAAGAGGCAUUGUUACUAUUCUUGAAUAAAGUUGGACCAAAUAUGGUGCAAAAUCAAACUUUAAUGCCAACGUUGAGGCUUGUUGUCAAUGAAUGUGAUGGUUUGCCUCUUACAAUUGUUGUAGUAGCUGGUACGUUGAGAGGAGAAGGUGACCCUCGUGUUUGGAAAACUGCACUCAAGGAAUUGAAAGACCGAAUAGGGGUGGUGGAAGGAGUAGAAGCUAAAGUGAUUAAGCGCUUGAAAUUUAGUUUUGAUUAUUUAAAAGAUGAGAAAGUGAAAUGUUGCUUCUUGUACUGUGCAUUAUAUCCUGAAGAUUUUGAAAUUGAAGAAGAUAAGCUGAUCGAAAGUUGGAUUGACGAAGGAUUUAUAGAUGAAAUGGAUACAAGACAAGGGCCAUGCAAUUUUGAAAAAGUUGGAAGAUAACUGAUUGUUGGAAAAAGUUAUGUAUGAAGACGAUCAGCCUUGUGUGAAGAUGCAUGAUGCAGUGAGAGAUGGCAUUGUACAUCACAAGCAUGGUUCCUCGAUAUAUGAUACAAGCAGGCAUGCAACUAAAAAAGUUACCAAAAGAGAAGAAUGGAGGACGGAUAUCGAGAAAGUAUCGCUUAUGAAAAACUCCAUAUCAGAGAUUCAGGAAGAUACGUGGCCUCGAAAUUGUCAGCUGCUCACAACCUUGUUACUGCAAAAGAAUCCUAUAAAGAAGAUCCCAAGUGCUUUCUUUGCAAACAUGCUUCAUCUGAAUGUUCUUAAUUUGUCAUAUACGGGUAUCGACUCUUUAUCCGAAUCCAUCUAAGAGUUAAAGAAUCUCACAACAUUGUUGCUUCAUGACUGUUACAGAUUAAGACAUCUGCCUUGUCUUUCAAAGCUUCAAGUAUUGAAGAAGUUGGAUCGAUCUUUAUUGCAACAAAAUUGAGAAAAUUCCGGAAGGCAUGGAUAUGUUGGUAGAUCUAAGGUAUCUUGAUCUUAGAGUGUCCUCUUUGAAAGAUAUGCCCAGGGGACAUUUACCAAAACUCUCUCACCUUCGACGCUUGAGGUUUGAUUUGAUAAUGAAAAAACAAGCUUGAAGGCAGAGGAGGUAGUGUCACUGGAGAAGUUGGAAUGCUUUGAAGGAUGGUUCCAAGACAUCGAUGAAUUGAAUAAGUUUGUCUCUUCCAUGCAGCAGUCCAAGAAAAAUCUCAUCAAGUACAUACUGCAAGUGGGCACAUCUUAUUAGCGAUGAUUUAUUAAA